CGCGGACGCCUCCCUCCCGUGCCAAGCGCCCAAGACCAAACCCACCAGCACAGCACCAAUUCAACCGCGACCCAACCCACCGCCCCGCACCCCAUUCCCGCACCCUCCUCCCCCAGAUCUCCGGCCGCGACGACGCCAUGACGGCCAAGGGCGGCGCCACGCCGUCCCCCGGCGGCGCGGGCCCCGCGGCGGGGAACGGCCGCCUCUUCACCGUCGGGCUGGUCACCGCCUGGUACUCCUCCAACAUCGGCGUGCUCCUGCUCAACAAGUACCUCCUCAGCAACUACGGCUUCAAGUACCCCAUCUUCCUCACCAUGUGCCACAUGUCCGCCUGCGCCCUGCUCUCCUACGCCGCCAUCGCCUGGCUGCGCGUCGUGCCCAUGCAGCUCGUGCGCUCCCGCGUCCAGCUCGCCAAGAUCGCCGCGCUCAGCCUCGUCUUCUGCGGCUCCGUCGUCUCCGGCAACGUCUCGCUGCGCUACCUCCCCGUCUCCUUCAACCAGGCGGUCGGCGCCACCACGCCUUUCUUCACCGCCGUCUUCGCCUACAUCAUGACCGUCAAGCGCGAGUCCUGGGUCACCUACCUCACCCUCGUGCCCGUCGUCACCGGAGUCAUCAUCGCCAGCGGCGGCGAGCCUAGCUUUCAUCUGUUUGGAUUCAUCAUGUGCAUAGGAGCAACUGCAGCAAGGGCGUUGAAGACAGUAUUGCAAGGAAUUCUUCUGUCUUCCGAUGGGGAGAAGCUUAAUUCUAUGAAUCUGUUGUUGUACAUGGCUCCAAUCGCUGUUAUCUUCUUGCUUCCUGCAACUAUCUUUAUGGAGGAUAAUGUUGUCGGCGUUACAAUUGAGCUUGCAAAGAAGGAUUUCACGAUUGUUUGGUUGCUUUUGUUCAAUUCUUGCUUGUCGUAUUUUGUCAAUUUGACCAAUUUCUUGGUGACCAAGCAUACUAGUGCACUGACUCUACAGGUUCUCGGAAAUGCAAAGGGUGCGGUGGCAGUUGUCGUCUCGAUUAUGAUAUUCAGGAAUCCCGUGUCCAUAACAGGAAUGCUCGGUUAUACUCUCACAGUUUUUGGCGUCAUUCUUUACAGUGAAUCGAAAAAGCGCAGCAACAAGCCAUGAAUACCCUAGGAGACAGUAAAUAUGGGAAAUCAUUUCUUUGUCCUGUCAGUGCCUAGAGCUAAUAUAUGAUGAGAAAUCACAUCGGUGGCGACCACAACAAAUCCUAUGCCAUACUGCCUCAGCAAUUGGACAUCAAGGAUAGAAGUCCAAUAACUACCUUGGCAUAUGGGAGGCAUUUUGUUUUAUGGCGUUGAUGGAUAGAAUAUAAAUAUUUUUUUGUGUGUGUUAGAGAACUAUGGCUCACACUGCCAGCAUUGGUUGAUACGUUUAGCUCUUGGGAAAUUGCCUCUUGUAUUCAUCUUCUGCUGCUGCAGUUUCCAUUUUGUUUUGUUGUGAAGACCACCUAUACCACACUUUGAUCCAGGUUCCGGGACCUAAUUAAUAUAUUGUGACACUGAAUUGAUGCUC